CACACGCACACGCGUACCCGCAAGCCUUUCGGCUGCCGACGAACUCGACAGCUACAAUGGCUCCCACGAAAUGCAAGACCCCCUCGGCGCCGGCGAUCACCAAGACGAUCGUCGCGUCCCUCCUCGAGGACUCGCUCAAGAAGAAGGACGAGGACGCGCGCGUCGCGGCGGCUAAGAAGAUCAAGGAGCUCGUCGACGCCGCGACGACGGCGGACGAGCCCGCGUGCGUCGAGCUCCUCACCAUCGCGAUCACGCUCGCGGGCGAUAACAAGUCCAAGAACGUCCGCGAGGCUGCGGACGAGGCGAUGAAGUCGUUCCCGGCGAAGCUCUCCGAGUUCGCGGUCCGCGCGUGCCUCAAGCCCAUCUUCACUGGCUUCCAGUCGCAGUUCUGGCAAUCCAAGAUGGCGGCGCUGUGGCUCGUCGACGACUUCGUGGCGCGCAACCCGAAGGCUGUCGCCGCGUGCCUCCCGGAGAUCAUCCCGGAGCUCGCGCAGGUGAUGGUGGACAUGCGCGACGAGGUGAAGGAGAAGUCCACGGACACGAUGGCCAAGGUUGGCACGUGCGUCGGCAACAUCGACAUCGACCCGUUCAUCCCGACGCUCAUCGAGUGCAUCCACAAGGUGGACGAGGUCCCGGAGUGCGUGCACAAGCUCGCGGCGACGACGUUCGUGCAGCAGGUGGAGGCGCCGACGCUCUCGAUCAUGGGCCCGCUCCUGCAGCGCGGUCUCUUCUUCCAGCAGGUCACCGCGAUCAAGCGUAAAUCCGCGGUCAUCAUCGACAACAUGUGCAAGCUCGUCGAGGACCCCAUGGACGCGGCGCCGUUCCUUCCCAAGCUCCUGCCGCUCCUGAAGCGCGCGAUGGACGAGGUCGCGGACCCGGAGUGCCGUCAGGUGUGCACGCGCGCGUACAAGACGCUGCUCAUCGCCGCCGGCGAGUCCUCGGACGCCGUCGUCGACGAAAACUCCGAGUCGAAGCGCACCGACGAGUCCACCGUUCGCGCGCAGCUCACCGAGAUGAUGACCGAGAUGACGGGCGCGUCCGAGGCGGACAUCACGGCGUUCCUCAAGACCCCGGAGGUUGAACCGUACUUUGAGUACAUCUGCACGCUCGCCACGAACGCGCUCCUCGCGAAGAACUUUGACCUCCCGACGUGGAAGAAGUCGUGCGCCGAGCCGUACUUCGCGCUCUUUUUCGACGCCGCCGCGGAGGCGACCAAGGCGCUCGUCGAGAAGGCUGAGGCUGCCUACGAGGCGUCCAAGAAGGUCUUCAUCGUCGAGGACGAGGAGGGCGAGGACCUCUGCAAGUGCGACUUCUCCCUCGCGUACGGCGCGCUCAUCCUCCUGAACAACGCGACGCUGCACAUGAAGAAGGGGAAGCGUUACGGCUUGUGCGGUCCCAACGGCUGCGGCAAGUCGACGCUCAUGAAGGCCAUCAACAACGGCCAGGUCGAGGGUUUCCCGCCCCCCGAGGAGCUUCGCACGGUGUACGUCGAGCACGACAUCCAGGGCGACCAGCACGACAUGACCGUCGUCGAGUUUGUGCUCGACGACGACGUCAUCAAGGGCCACGGCGUCACCGCGGAGGAUGUCACGAGCACGCUGCUGUCGUUUCAGUUCACCGAACGCAUGAUCACCGGUCCCGUCGUCGCGCUCUCCGGCGGCUGGAAGAUGAAGCUCGCGCUCGCGCGCGCGAUCUUCAUGAAGGCGGACAUCCUCCUCCUCGACGAGCCCACGAACCACCUCGACGUGAAGAACGUCGCGUGGCUCGAGGAUUACCUCUGCUCGCAGACGACGGUGUCCUCCAUGAUCGUCUCGCACGACUCUGGCUUCCUCGACCGCGUGUGCACGCACAUCAUCCACUACGAGACGCGCAAGCUCGUGACGUACAAGGGCAACCUCACGGAGUUCAUCAGGCAGUGCCCCGCGGCGAAGAAGUACACCGAGCUCAGCAACGACGAGCUCAAGUUCAUCUUCCCCACGCCCGGCUUCCUCGAAGGCGUCAAGAACAAGGACAAAGCCAUCGUCAAGGCGACGGGCUGCGCGUUUACCUACCCGGGCACCGACCGCCAGAUCAUCAAGUCCGGCACGAUCCAGCUGUCCCUCUCCUCGCGCGUCGCGUGCCUCGGCCCGAACGGCGCGGGCAAGUCCACGUUCAUCAAGCUCCUCACCGGCGAGGCGGAACCCGACGCGGGGACGGUGUGGAAGCACCCCAACAUGCGUUACGCGUACGUCGCGCAGCACGCGUUUCACCACGUCGAGCAGCACCUCGAGAAGACGCCGAACGAGUACAUUCGGUGGCGCUUCGCGACGGGCGAGGACAAGGAGAACCUCACGAAGGUGACCGCGCAGUACACCGAGGAGGAGGAGCGGCUCAUGAAGGAGAAGAUUCCGAUCGAGCAAGAGAACGAGGACGGCAGCAAGACGUUGCUCAAGCUCGUCGUCGAGAAGAUUUUGUCCCGCCGCCAGAAGAAGUCCAAGUACGAGUACGAGGUGCAGUGGAAGGGGAUGUCCAUGGACGCGUCCUCCUGGGUCGAGAAGGAGAAGCUCGAGAAGUUUGGCUUCGCCAAGUACAUGACCCGCAUCGACGAGCGCGAGGCUGCGCGCGCGGGUCUCUACGCGCGCCCGCUCACGCAGGCCAACGUCGAGAAGCACCUCAUCGAUUUCGGCCUCGACGCCGAGUUCGGCACCCACAACCGAAUCAAAGGUCUCUCCGGCGGCCAAAAGGUCAAGCUCGUGCUCGGCGCCGCGAUGUGGCAGCAGCCGCACAUCGUCGUCAUGGACGAGCCGACCAACUACCUCGACCGCGACGCCCUCGGCGCGCUCGCGAUGGCGGUGAAGGAGUUUGAAGGCGGCGUCCUCCUCAUCACCCACAACUGCGAAUUCGCAGACGCGCUCAAGGAGGAGACGUGGAACGUCCCCGGCGACGGCGUCGUGUACGUCGAGGGCAACAAGUGGGGCCAAGGCAAGAAGGGCAAGGGCGAGGCGAUCAAUCAGGAUCCGCUCAUCGCGGAGGAUGUCGUCGACGCGCUCGGGAACAUCGUCAAGGUGAAGGGGCCGAAGAAGAAGCUCUCGCGAAAGGAGAUCAAGGCGCGCGCCAAGUCUCGCGCGAACAAGCUCGCCGAGGGCCAGGACCUCAGCACGGACUCCGACUGGGACCUCGACGAGUACAUCGGCGAGGCGAAGGAGAAGAAAACGAAGGCGUAAUAAGCGCGCGUUGAACACACGUUAGUCAAUACCAUAUUCAUGGCAGGAACCAACGCCAAUGAACGCGGAGCCGCGCGCGGCGUCGCGUCGCGGCGUCGUCUUUCGAGGAAAUACACGUUCUGUUGAAGACGACGACGCGCGCGUCGACGGACGGACGGAUGACAAUCACCACGCGUCAACAUCGGGACGUCGACGUGGACGACGACGCGAGACAUGCCACACAUCAUCAAUCACGAGGGGGAGCACCGAGUUCGCUCGGACUCGACCUCGCGGUCCCGUGGGUGUUGCUGCGCUGCCAUCGCUCGCUUAUUUUAGUCUUUAUUCUAGCUCCAACCAAUUUUUUCACUCACGGACCAACGCGCGGUCCCUUGCAUUUAAUUUAAGAGUACGACGUGUACGCAU